AGUAAACCUUGACGAGCUAGGGUUAGGCCUUUACUACGAUAUUGCCGACGACCCAGUGAUGAAUGAGACCAACCCACUCCACUAUAGGGACGGUGAUGUAAUAACAUACAGAUGUUUAGAUGGAUACGAAGGUCCAAAAAACCGCACACCAUCUGAUGACGGCACGAGCACAUGUAACGACGGGUCGUGGUACCCACCUGGAAUCCCAACGUGCAUGGAUAUUGACGACUGUUCAAAUCAUAUGUGCCGAAAUGGAGCAACGUGCGUGGACAAAAUUGACUCAUACGAAUGCCUAUGCCCUGACGGGUUUAAUGGAAAUAAUUGUGAAAAUGUUACAACAGAAAUGACGACAAAUAUCCCGGCAUCACCAGGAUCAACGUCCGAACCUGUCCUAACGACUGAUAAUCUAGACGUGACAACGAUGGAACUAACAACACCUGCGACGUUACCAGAAACAGAAAAACCGCCUAUUACUCCAUUGCCGUGCGGAGGGGAAUGUAAAUCAACCCAGGUGUGUAAUGCAGAGAACAACUGCGAAUGCAGACCAGACUACUACGAAGAUGAAGAGGACCCAGAAAACCCGUGCAAAGAACCCGAGAGUUUUGAUGUGACCAUUACAAUCACUAAAGUCAACAACACAAACGCAGAAUACAACGUUGAAUUGGAAGAUCCAUCAAGUCCGGAAUUUAAAAAGCUUGAAAUUGAUGUUUGUGAACCGUUUGAAGAAAUAUACAAAAAUGAUACGGAGUACAAAGACUGUCGGGUACUUGAAUUCAGUAACGGCAGCAUAAUUGUAAACUACGUAUUGACGUUUGCUGAAAACUCAACACAAAGUGCGUCGACUGUCAAUACAACGGUGCAGCAAGAGCUGCAGAAUCCCAACGGUUCGUUUACUGGAGCCUAUGAAUUCGAUGAUUCGUCCCUCGUUGUUGCACCUUUGGACGAAUGCAAUAGAAAGAUGGACGAUUGCGACCCUGAGAAUGCAAUCUGCACAGACCAAGGAGAAGAUGGAUACACCUGCGAGUGCCGUGAAGGAUUUGAUGAUGUCGGAAUUCCCAAAUCAUUGCCGGGACGAGAAUGCAUGGAGUCGACCGAACCCCAACCAACCGAACCCCACCUGACCGAGCCCCAUCCUACUGAUCCCCGAACUACUGAGGAGCCAGAGGAACCAGGCGUAGAGCCUUGGAAGAUAGCAGUUGGCGUAACGGUGCCAAUAAUUGCAAUCAUCAUUGUGGGGUUGACAUGUUGGCAGUACCGACGUCUACAUCGGACGUCGACGUCAGUGGUGACCAAAUCGCAGACGAUACAUUAUAACGACGACACAAGCGGUUCUUUGGAUCCUGAAGCCGUCAAGCCUGGAAGUAUGACGAUCAUGAAUGAUUAUGGCACGGAGCAGGAGGUGGUUCUACCUUUGGACGAUAUUCCACUUGAGGAAAAGUCCAACUCUGUGCCGGACAAGGGCAAGGACUAAGGACCAACGCAAAUACUACCAAUGGUCCACUUCCCCAACGACUACGUCGGGUCGGCAUCGUACGAAAAACGACCCGCUAGGAAACCUCUAUUCAUACAUCAUCAAGUUACAAUUCCAGAUCGAAGUGAUCAACCGACUCCUAAAAUCCUGUACAUUUGCAGAGUACUUUUCAGCUUUGUGAUGAUAGUUUUUCUAUACUUGCAAUGUAUUAAUGUAUCAUGUUUCUAUAAAAUGAGCUCACAUAUCGUAACAUAACUCCGUUCUUUUCCAAUAAAUUAUUUUGACUGUAAUUAGGAGAUAUCGUUGGAUUAUUAUAUUUACUGAAGAUUUGUGGGCAUUGCAUUUUUUAAGCGGUAUGGUGUCAUAUAAGCCCCGUUUAAUUAUUGAUUUAAAUACAGCUUUAUUUCAUGGAGGAUUCUGGCAUUGUUGAAUCACUGAGUUUUUCCGGCUUCACACAUGGAUACCUUUUUUUUUAAACAGCGCUUUCCUUUUGAAUUGUCGAUACAACACGAUCACAUUGACUUUCGAUCAAGUCAUGGACAAUGUUUGUACAUUAUAUUCCUUAUGAAGGUUGUUCGAAUACCGUUUUCAUAACAUAAUACAGUAGGAUUAGACAUGGUUAUUGAAAUUUCAUUGGGUUUAUUUCUUGAAGGUAUCUAAAACGUACCUACUUGAAAGAUUGACAUAGUUUUUCUUUGCAUCUUAGUAAUUUCUUAUUCCUAAAUGCUUUUUGACCACUAAGGACAUACUCAUCAGUGCGUUUG